AUGCCGCAGCUGCGCCUCGUCGCGGGCGAGCUCGGCGACCGCGUCCAUCGCCUCUUCGCCGACGCGCUCGCGGACGAGUUACUCGCGUGCUUGACGAGCGCGGAGCGCGGGCGCUGCUGCGCGGCCGUGAACCGGCGCUGGGCGGACGCGUCGCGGCGCCUCGCGGCGGUCGAGGCGGCGGCGAUCUGGCUGGAGCCGGACAUGGCCGCGGCCCGCACGCGCAUCUUCGAGAACACGCGCCGGCGCGAAGAGGUCCGCGCGGCCUACGUCACGGAGCACUGCGAGCCGGCCAAGGGCCUGCCCGACGCGCUGUCGACGCACCUCGCGACGCUCUGGGAGCAGGGCUGCGGCGCGCGCGUCGAGGAGGAAGAUUGGUCGAGCGCGGCGAGCGUCGGCGCCUUCCUGAAGCACCUCGCGGCCAAGAACGUGUCGAUGAACACGCUCGUCAUCGCGCCCGAGGCCGAGCGCCGCAAGUGGGCGACGGCCCUCGAGCAGAUCCCCGGCGAGGUGCGCUCCGUCUUCGACGAGGCGGAGCUCGACCGCGUCGAGGCCGCCGCGCGGCGCCGCGACCGGCGCCGCGACGUCCGGAUCUACGUCCUCUCCUACGAGCGCGCGGCCGAGAACUGGGAGUUCAUCACCGGCGUGGAGAACUGGCGGCAUGUCAUCCUGGACCAGAGCGCGGACGCGGACGAGGACUGGCCGUGGUUCCCCGGCGGCUACGGCGACGGCGAGGUCUUCUUCCUCCACGCGCAGGACCACUACGUGCUCUACCGGCCGGGCGCCGUGACCACGGCGGCGGCGGCGGCCUUCCAUCUCUACUUCGUGCUGCUGAAGAUGGAGGUGCCCGUGGGCUUGGACCGCAAUUUCUACGACGACACGGCGCAGAACCGCUCGUGGUUCGCGCUGCUGCGGGCGAUCGAACGGGGCGACGCGUUCACCCGCGAGGUCCUCCGGCGCGAGCUGACGUCGAUCCUCGACGCGUCGGUGUGUUCCGCCGCGCCCGGCUACCGCCUCGGCCGCGCGCGCGCGACGCCGGAUACGGGCGUCGCGGCGGAGGUCCGGCGCCGCGUCGACGACGUCCCGCCCAACCUCCGCGGCGGGCUGCGGGGGCUCGCGAUCGACUAA